UUUAGAGUGAUGUAAUAAACGAGAACUUAAAAGAUGAUUCGAACCUUCUGUUUCAGUUUGGUAAUUAGGUUAUCUUAUAAAGCUAAUCCUUCUCUCACACUGACAAUCGUCGUUAUCAAGGUGUGUGGUUGAUCUCUAGACCCAAUUGAUGUGGUUCCAUCCUAUUUUUAUUUGGUCUGUAAUCGUAAAGUCUUUAAGAUUUGGGAAUCGAGUUUAUGUUGUGGUGUUUAGGUAGCGAAACCCCAGUUAUUAAAUCGUUGCAUCUAGUAAUUUGGGGUCCUUUAAUUGAAACAAAGGAUUAAUCUUUCAUUCAUCUUUGUUCGUUCAUUAGCGAAAUCCGAGCCUUCUCUGAAAAAGCCCAUUUUUGUUCGUUCUUCCUUGUUUCUUCGAUUUUCCGUGACUGAUUCUGUUUUGCGAAAAGGAUUGAAAUGAGUUCGAUCUCUGGAUUGGUGGAAGAUGAAAUCAGUUCGUUUUUCGAAUCGUCUCCACCUCUGAAGAACAAGGAAGAGAUCGUAGCCAAUCUUAAUCAGUUCAUUGAGCUGAAUUCUUCGUGUCAAGGAGGGAUGAGGAGGAUUGUAUGUGUGACUUCAGGUGGAACUACAGUUCCAUUGGAGCAACGAUGUGUAAGAUACAUUGAUAAUUUCAGCUCUGGAAAUAGAGGUGCUGCUUCUACUGAGAAUUUCGUCAAGGCUGGAUAUGCUGUGAUAUUUCUCUAUAGGAGGGGAACUUGUCAACCGUAUUGCCGGUAUCUUCCUGAUGAUCCAUUCCUUGAAUGUUUUGAGUUUCCAGAUGCCAAAAACAUUCAAGUUCAUGGGUCACAUUCAGGAGCUGUGAAGAUGGCUGUUAUGGACCAGCAAGCUGCAGUUGCAGAAGGUCGCUUGCUUAAACUCCCAUUCUCAACCAUAUAUGAAUAUCUCCAGAUGUUGCGGUUGAUUGCUACGAUAUUGAAAGAUGUCGGUCCAUGUUCGAUGUUUUAUCUUGCUGCUGCUGUAUCUGACUUCUAUGUGCCAUGGUUAAGCAUGACAGAGCACAAAAUAGAAUCAGGAUCUGGUCCUUUGGACAUAAGACUAGCUCAAGUCCCUAAAAUGCUUUCAAUCUUGAGAUCAAAUUGGGCUCCAAAGGCUUUCUGCAUAUCAUUCAAGCUUGAGACAGACUCAAAGAUUUUGCUAGAGAAAGCUACAAAGGCUUUACAAAAAUACAAAGUGCACGCAGUUGUAGCAAAUGAACUAUUAACGCGUAAGGAGGAAGUUGUGGUUGUUUCAAGUAGCGGUAAUGUUGUGGUGAGACGUGAUAGCAAUAAGCCGGAAUCUAUCGUAGAAGAUAAUCUCAUUCGUCUCCUCGUAGAUCGACAUUCAACAUACAUCAAAGAAUCUCUCACUUGAUCCCCAAAUUCUUCUACGUCAAGAAAAGUUCCAAGUGUUCGAUGUGGGAUACGUGUAAUUGUGUAUGAGUGAUGACUUGGACCAUAAAUUACUCAAAUAAUUUUCACACUUUCUUAUGUUUUUGACAUGUUGGGAAUAUAUGAAUCCUAGAAAUCAAACAUUUUCUUGUACUUAGGAAAACUUUUCAACAACCAAAUGAAACUAACUUGUCUAUUU